AUGGCUUCAACGACAAAGAAACUAAACCUAGCUGACCCGGAGAUUAAAAAACAGGCGUUAAAAAGUGUCGCCAUGACGAUUCCCAUUGUACCAUAUAAAGGCGUUGAUUUCUUUGAUAUUGGGGGUCUAUUAGCAAAUCCCGUCAACUUCCAACUGACGUUUGAUUUAUUUGUACAUAUUGUAACGCCUUUUAUCCAUCAAGUGGAUACCAUUGGAUGCUUUGAUGCCCGUGGGUUCCUCUUUGGUCCCUAUUUAGGUACCUUUUUUCAAAAACGUGUCUUUAUGCUGCGUAAACCUGAUAAAAUGCCGAAUAUAAGCGACACAAUUGACUAUUGUAAAGAAUAUCAAGGUGAUAAUACCACGGGUGGAGAUUCGUUAAGCAUUCAAACCUAUGCUGUCAAGAAAAAAGACCGUGUACUACUAGUAGAUGAUCUCCUGGCCACGGGUGGGACGUGUGAAGCCGGUAUUCGUCUCGUACAACAAGCAGGUGCUUCGGUAAUUGCGUCGAUCUUUGUCGUAGAGAUCAGUGAACUAAACGGUCGAGAACGUGCUAUCAAGGCAAGCACGGACAAAAAAGUUCGCAUCAUGUCAUUGCUUACGGAAAAGGACUUUUAG